CGCCAACCUGAUGGUGAAGGAGAUGGGAAGUCCGCCCCCUGGAACAAGUGGCCAACGUGGUCCUGUACUCCAGUGAUUAUUAUGUCAAGCCCGUGGCCAUGGAGGAAACACAAGACAAAAUACUGCCAAGCAACGCCCUGACCAAGACGCUGACGCUGGUGCCCUUGCUGGCCAACAACCGAGAGAGAAGGGGCCUGGCCCUGGACGGGAAGAUCAAGCACGAGGACACCAACCUCGCCUCCAGCACCAUCAUUAAGGAGGGCAUAGACCGGACCGUCCUGGGGAUCCUGGUGUCCUACCACGUCAAGGUGAAGCUCACGGUGUCAGGUGAAGUGGCCACAGAGGUGCCGUUCCGCCUCAUGCACCCCCAGCCUGAGGACCCAGUUUUCAGGAUGAAAACCUGGUUUUCGAGGAGUUUGCUCGCCAAAAUCUGAAAGACACAGGAGAAACCGAGGAAGGAAAGAAGCAAGAGGCCGUCAACGAUGACUGACCGC